ACGUGGUCUAGUUUAAUUUUUACGGGGAGAGAAGGUAAAAGAACCGGAAGUGAAUACGGAAGGAGCAAUUGCAUCCGCGGAUGAAAGUCUCAGCGUGAAAUUUAUUAGGAAGCAGCAAGGCAAGCAGGGUCAGUUCACAAGUGAAAAUUGCGUUGCUUAAUGAGCUCUCAUGAGAAGUGAAUAGAGUGAUGAAUUUGCUCAGCACGUAAGCUUACGCGAGCUAACAACAAGGUCGAUUACGAUCUCGCGGCUAUUCAACUACAAUAAAAAUUCUACCUUUAGUGUGAGGAUGCCACGUGAGAUUAAAAGAGAAGAAAUGCCGACUGACUCAACUCUGGAAGUUUUUACACCUUACAGUCUGGACUACUGAGAGAUGCAACAUGACGAGGAUGCCCAAGAAUACCAAACAAGAUCUUGCCAGCACUGGCUGGAUUUACAAAUGGAGUCCAGGAGAGAAUGCCGGAUCUCCAAGCACCUAUUUCCACCAACUGGACCAGGCAACAUGGACCAACCCUACGAUCUUUAAAUACCACGAAGAAUUUUUGCAGAAUAAUAGACCAACGGUCAGAAAUACCAGCGGCAAGGGGAGCAUGGCCAACCUGAUUCCAUGGCUUAUGUCGAUGUCCCUGAUCGGGGCCCAGAACUUCGGGAACUUACCGGGGCCCGAACCAGUUUCGCAAGACCUGUUACCUCCUCUGGAAAGCUCAGGGUACUACGGUCCUCCGAGUCAAGUUAACACGUACGCUGUGCAACAAGUGCCAAUUCCCGCUCCAAGAAGCAUCAUCGACGUCCGGACGGAGGAGUAUAGUACUGCGCACAAAUUCAUUCCGCCAGAAAACAACGGGUACAAUGACGAGUACAGUGGACCAGCCAUGGAGCAGAUUUAUUCAUGGAGAACCGUUGAUUUCGAAUUCGACAGCGAGUCGUCGAGGCAGCGUGCUAUCGAUGCUGGUCAUUAUAACCUGGAAAACUCUCUGCCUCUAGGAAUUGAGGUAUGGAAGGAUAAAAUAUUCUUGACUCUACCGAGGUGGAAGAAAGGCAUCCCUGCCACCCUCGCUACCGUUCCGCGAUAUCCAAGAGAGAAAAGCCCAAAAUUGCGCCCAUAUCCAAACUGGGCCUGGCACGACCCAGAAAAUUGCGUUGGGUUAACGUCUGUCUUCCGGGUUCAAGUGGACCAGUGCGAUCGAUUGUGGGUCUUGGAUUCGGGACAAACGAACAUCAUGUCGGAUCCGCAGCAAGUCUGUCCCCCUGAAUUAUUCAUCUUCGAUUUAAAGACUGACAGACUACUGAAAAAGUACACUUUGCCGAAGAAGUAUAUAAAGCAAGAUUCUCUAUAUUCGAACCUUGCGGUAGACAUCCGUGCCGGAGAGUGCGAUCACGCGUUCGCCUAUCUCGCCGACGUCUGGCGAUUCGGAAUAGUCGUCUAUGACCUCUUCAAGGACAAAUCCUUCCGAAUCGAGCACCACUUUUUCUACCCAGACCCGCUUUCAUCGAGAUACGAACUUCACGGUCUUCACUUUCAAUGGACCGACGGGAUCUUCGGGCUCUCUCUGAGUCCCGUCGACGUGAAUAACGACCGCACACUCUUCUUUCAUCCGAUGUCAAGCUUCCGGGAAUUCGCGGUCUCGACAUCGGUGCUCAGGAACGAAAAAAUCGCUGAAGAUAAUCCGGAGAUGUUCAUUCCGAUCGGUAAGCCGAGAGCCAAGUAUUGCGGACACUCUUCAGGAUCCGCCAUGGAUAGAAACGGCGUGAUGUUCUUCAACAUGGUGACAAGAGACUCCAUAUGGUGCUGGGACUCCAGGAAGGAAUACAUACCACAGAAUUUGGGAGUCAUUGGUCAGAGCAACGUCUCCCUGGUAUUCCCAAAUGAUAUUAAAGUGGAUCACGAACUGGAUCAGAGCGUCUGGGUGUUGUCGAACAAGCUUCCAAUGUACUUGUACGGGAAACUCGAGCCCCAUGACAUCAAGUACAGACUGCUUCGAGCGAACGUAAAGGAGGCUAUAAAAAAUACCAUCUGCGAUCCCAACUACGUCGUACCGCCUUCGGAGCAAAGCUACGAUGAGACUUGCUGAGGAACCGGUUUCCUUUCCUGUUCUUUCAACAGGCACCAUUAACAGAAGAGUUGAGGAAAAAAAUUAGCAGUACACUUCUGCGAAUGCUAUAUUACAUCGAUCAGUUUAGAUGGUGAACCAGGUUCAACCAUCGUGUGCUAUAUUUCAAAGGAUAUUCAAUCCACCGAUA